AUGUGCAUUGUUGGAAACAAGAACGGAAACAGAUCACUGAAGGAAAUAGGAACCUUGAUGAUGACUACAUGUUUCAUUGCUAAUUACCAAUCCGUUCAAGUUUGCCAGGCAGAAUAUUUCAGACAGUUGCUUAAGCCUGUAACGGCUUCUCUAAUGCAGAACAAUCAGUUUCCCUACUUCUCUGAGGGAAACAUGAACGACGACCCGUAUGCAUCAGCGUCAUCCUUUGAUGCUUUGUUCCCACCAUGUGCCAAGUUACCAUUCCAUGGUGUUGAACUUCAACCCUCUCCGGUCUGUCCAAAGAACUUUGUCAUUUUCGACCAAACGUAUGACCGCAGCAGCCAAGUGAUGUACCAUCCUGAGCUGACACCUAGGCUCGUGAAUUCCGGAUUAGCUUCCACGUUUCAGAACGAGUAUGUUGAGGGAAGUUAUGGUAACUAUGGCCAAGAAGUAACUUCCUCUUCUCACCAAGAAGAUCCUAAUGAGAUUGAUGCUCUUUUGAGCACUGAUGAAGAAGAUGAUGAUGAGAAUGAGGAUGGUGGUGAUUCAGAAGAGGUCAGCAGCACAGGUUGUAAUAACUCUUCCAGGGAAUAUGGAAAUACAUCAUCAGCUGAAUCAUGUUGCUCAAGCUUUAGCUAUAAUAGCAAAGGAGGAAGGAAGAAGAUGAAGAAGAUGAUGGGAAUGUUGAGGAGAAUAGUCCCUGGAGGAGAAGAGAUGAAUACAGCUUCCGUUCUUGAUGAAGCUGUUCAGUACCUCAAGUCACUUAAACUCGAAGCUCACAAACUUGGCGUUGGACAUUUCUCAAACCAAUCUUGA